UUAUAGUUGACGUACGAAGUUUUUUAAAAAAAUUAAAUAAAAAUGAAAAGUUAUCCAAGAUUCGCGAAGUACUUUCUUGCGAUGAUAAAUUAUCAUUUUUAAAAGGUAAAGAUGGUAGUAUCGUCGAAGAUGAAGAAGAAUUUAUAUUAAAUGAUAUUUUUACAAAAGAUGCCCGGAUGGAUUAUUCAAUAUAUUUAAAGAAUAAAACUUAUUGGGAUACUUUAAAUGAAAAUCAUAAAUUGGAUUAUGGACGUAUUAUUACUGAUGAUGGAUCUAAGACGGCUAAUAAAGGAGCAUUUAAAUUGAAAGGUUUUAAUGAAUUAAAAGAAAUUAAUGGACACAGACAAGGAACAAUCGAGAUUAGUUCAAAUGAAGAGUUAAUAAAGAAAAGAAAUUUAUUUUUUAAAACUGACGGUAGCAUAUAUAAUUUUAUAAAAUUAGGAUUAACACUUGAUCAAGCACAAGGGAAAAUUAUUAAAGAUGGGAGAAAAUUAGUUUAUAAUUUUACCGAAGUUGCUAAAGCAUCAUUGAAAUUAAGUAUAGAUAAUUUAGAACCAAUUAAAGAAUUUAUUGAUGUAAUAAAAGUUGCUGCAAAAUCCAAAAAAUUAAAUCUUAAGGAAAUUACUGAAGAUUAUGGUCUAUUUAUACCAACUGAAAUUAUUAUGGGAGGAAGAUUUUAUACUAAUGAAACUGAAAUAUCCUCAGAACAAAAUAUAGAUAAUACCUUUAGUGCAGAAGUUAAUGUAGAUGCGAAUGUGGUCAAAAUUGGUCAUGGUACAACAAAAAAUUCCGCACAAUUUCAUAAGGUUAAUCACAUGAAAUCACUUGGAGGAAAUUGUGAUGGCGUUUUUGACGAGGAUAAGUGGACGGAAUCUUUAAAGGAUUAUCGAAAUUGGGAUUGUAUAGAAUUUAAUAAUCCUGUUAGUAUUUUUCAACUACUACCUUUUAAUUUACGUAAAGAACUUUUCGUAGCUGCCGGGAAAAAAAUUCUUUUUACAGGAACUUUAAAUUGUGAAUAUUAUUUGCAUCAUCCUGGAAGUUAUCGGAAGUUUGAAUUAUUAAGAAGUAAUGACAUUCCGAAAAACAUUUUGAACAUUAUUCAAAAUGAAGAUGCUGAUUGUGAUUUCUUUGCAACAGCAAUUGAUGUUAAUCAUUAUUCAAAAAAUGAUUUUUUUACCUGUCAAAUUCUUAAAACAGAUGAGGACAAAUUAAACCCGAGUAUUAUUAUUCAUGCUAUUCAAAAAGAAUUUCGACCACGUACAUAUGAAUUGAAUAUUGUUCUGAUGGUGGUCGGUUAUGAUAUAGAUUUUAAUUUCAUUACAGAUGAAAGUGUUGAGAUAAUAAAAAAGCAAUAUGAUCCAGGAAAUAAUGAAAAGUUUGACCAAAUAAUAUUACACACCACAUUUAGUCUAAAGGGUACAAAUAUUCCUUUCUUUGGAAUGCCUGUUUUAAACAGUUUGAAGGAUUCGAAUGAUUUUCCUCCUGUAAUUGGACAUAAUUUUCAUGAUAUUGAAUCAGAUCAUGAACUUAAAGUUGGAAUAUUUUCUUAUUGUUCAAAAGAUAAUUGCUAUCUUAAUUUACCCAAUUUUACAUUUUGUACACUCAUUAUUUCAAAUCCUGACGCUUAUAUAUCAUUACCUUUUAAAUUUAGAAUAUUGAAAAAACCUUUUAUUAAUUUAGAUUCACGGACAACAUACGUCAACUGUUUACAAUUAUCAAAUGAACAUCGACCAAUUUUUUUGCAUCAAAAAAUGAAACGAGUUAAUAUUGAAUAUGUAAAAUGUAGUUGUAAUAAUCCUGAUUGUAUUUGUCACGAAAAAACUAGAAAAAUAUCAGGGAAAGACAAUUGUAGUUGUAUAAUUCUUAAUUAUGAAAAGGUAAAAAUUUGAUUACUUCAAAUUGAUAAAUUUGUGUGGGAUAUUAAUUUCUAAAUUAUAAAAUAAUAUAUCAUUACGUAACACACCCUUUAAAUCAAUUUAUUGUUCACCCGUUGUAUUUUUUUUUUCUUUUCUCUAAAAUGUAUUAUGUUAUACUUUUAUCCUUUCAAAUCAUUUUCUUAA